AUGCAAAGUGCCCUGAAGGUUUUAGUUGUUAUGAAAAUGAUAGGCAAUGCUAUGCUAAUUAAACGGAAAGUACUUUUUAUGAAGAGACAAGAUAACAGUUAUUAUGUCAGAAAUUCCAUUGGUUGUCGUUACGACCUUAAUUGUACAAUAACUCUUCACAUUAUAGUCCAUUUUUUAUCCUAUUUUUAAAAAUAACCUUUUCAGGUUGUAAGAUUUUUCGGAAAUCAACUGUCCAGUAUAUCCCCAAAUUUUGUAACCUCAUAUCUAUAGCUUUAAACUUUUUAAAUAUCCCAUGGAAGCAUGAUAUUACUAUAAGGGAAAACGGACAUGAACGAUCUAUAAGCAGUCCUUAAUUAUUCCUAAACAAACUUUUUUCUUUCCUCAUUAUUUUUUUAAAUCACAAUUUAUAUACAUAAAAUACAAAUAUUGUAUACAUUAAUUUACAAAUAAAAAUAUUAAAUUUUCCUCUCAUUUUUAUGUUUUCUCCACAUUUCUGUUGAGUGGAAGCCAGUCAGUAACCGCCUCAAAAGGGUCAACAUCAUAUUCAUCAUUUUGUUCUACUUUUAAUUUUAAAGGUUUUUUAAGUCCUUUAAAUUGUUUUCUUUCUUUAUCUCUUAAAAAUUAAAUUUAAAAAGAAUUUUUUUUCAAAUUUAAAAACUUUAUUAUGUCAGCAUUCCAAUUUAAUAUUCCUUCUGCUGUCUCAAAAGGGUCUGUAUUUGAUACUUUUCUUCUUUCCAUCUCUUCGUGAGUUAUUGGUUUGAGUUUCUAUGUGAAAUUAAUUUUUUAAUUUUUUUAAUUUUUUAAUUUUAUUUUCUUGUAUUUUGUUAUGAGUUCUGACACAUGGUUUUGACCAUUUUGUUCAUUUUACCCUUUUAGGCAUUUUGUCCAUUUUUACCCUUUUAGGUAUUUUGUCCAUUUUUACCCUUUUAGGCAUUUUGUCCAUUUUUACCCUUUUAGGCAUUUUGUCCAUUUUUACCCUUUUAGGCAUUUUGUCCAUUUUUACCCUUUUAGGCAUUUUGUUUAUUUUUACCCGUUUGGACAUUUUGUCGUUUUAAGCGUUAUAUUUUUACUUCAAAAUCUAUUUCUUCAUCUCCACAAAUUUUUCUCGACUACAUUUUCACCAUCCUCAAAAACUUUGAAGAGGAUUGAAAAUACA